AUGCCUGCUCGUACCGCCGAUCCUCCAGAAGAUGUCCCUACUACUAGAGCAGUCGAUGGCUUGGGCCUCAAGGUCACCAAAACGCCCAAGCCUCCUUCCAGCCCGACCAAGAGAGAGGAGAAAGAGAAGACCAAGGCACAGGAUGUGGCCGAGCUGAAAGACUACCAACUGGGUGAUUGCUUGGGUAAAGGCGCUUUUGGCUCUGUUUACCGGGCAUUGAAUUGGGGCACGGGAGAGACUGUUGCUGUCAAGCAGAUCAAGCUUGCGGAUCUUCCCAAAAGUGAACUGAGGGUCAUUAUGUUGGAGAUUGACCUGCUGAAGAAUCUUGAUCACCCCAACAUUGUCAAGUACAAUGGAUUCGUCAAGACCCCCGAAACCCUCAACAUCAUCCUCGAAUAUUGUGAAAACGGGUCUCUGCAUUCCAUCUCCAAGAAUUUCGGUCGGUUCCCCGAGAAUCUGGUGGCUCUCUAUAUGUCCCAAGUGCUCCAAGGCCUGGUCUAUCUGCACGACCAGGGCGUCAUCCACCGCGAUAUCAAGGGUGCCAACAUUCUUACCACUAAGCAAGGACUGGUCAAGCUUGCAGAUUUUGGAGUGGCAAGCCGCACCACAGGUCUACACGAAUCCAGCGUCGUUGGAACUCCCUAUUGGAUGGCCCCCGAAGUGAUCGAGUUGACAGGCGCAACAACCGCUUCGGAUAUAUGGAGCCUGGGUUGCACCGUAAUCGAAUUGCUCGAUGGAAAACCGCCAUACCACAACCUUCAACCGAUGCCUGCUCUGUUCCGCAUCGUGAAUGAUGACCAUCCACCCCUGCCGCAAGGCGCAUCGCCUGCCGUUCUGGACUUCUUAAUGCAAUGUUUUCAAAAAGACCCAAAUCUGAGAGUAUCGGCCAAGAAGCUACUAAAGCAUCCGUGGAUAGUGAAUGCCAGAAGGACCAACUCAGAAAAGCCGAAGAAACCCACUGAAUAUGACGAGGCAAUAAAGAGUGUCCAAGAGUGGAACGAAGCUCUUAAGGAUUCGCCGAAUGGCAGCUCGAUAAGAAAGAACUCGAACGCUUCAACUGCCAGUCCAGUACCUGAGGCAAGGGACAAGCUUCGUCCUAACAAAUCUCAAGCCAAAUCCCCCAUGCCCCUCCAUAAAGAUGACAGCACAGCUAGGUUCCGCUCCCUCGAAGACGAGGACAACUGGGACGAUGACUUCGCAACGGCUAUUUCCCCAAGCACUUUCCAAUUGCCGCAUCUGAGACCUCACGAUAACUUUGGGGGCAUGUUGUCUUCUGAAAGAUUGAAGGCUUUCGCCUCAAUAGAGAGUGCUUUGGGAAAAGAAAAUGAGGCGAUCGAGGAUAAGGAUUCAACAUUAAAAGCUCCUUCGCCGGCCGAGGCGGAUGCGAAUAAAACUGUCCGACUUGCAACCACUGCGCCAGCAAAGAGGCCAGAGGUUCGUCACGCGAGGCACAAGUCUGAAGUGCCUCUUAAAUCAAGAGCAAAGCCGGCACCGAUGCCUCGCAAAGCUUCCUUGCCUUCCGCUCGUCAGACAACGAAUCUUUCCAAGAGCAAACCACCUCAGCCAAAAGUACAACAAGAUGAACCCCCAACACGACGUUACCGGGAGAGUUCUGUCGAGGAUUUCUCCGACAUCGUCCAAGGGAAUGAACUUGCUUUGGACACCAAACUUGGAUUGAUGCGGCUGCAGAGUGAGGCACCUUCAAAGAUUCUAGAUUCACCCAGUGUCAUCGAUUUAAUGCAGAGUAUGAGACCGCCCAAGACAGGGGGAAGUCUCAAGAGGCAUCCGGCCCCCAGAAACAAACUGUCUAUGCGAAGGACACGAUCUUCCAUCGAAAUCCAACGUUUUGCUGAGAGCGAGCAAGAUGAGGAUUUUUCCGACGUCUUUGCACAUACACCUGCAGUUUUCGAGAGAGCUGAGAGCGAAGAUGGCUCUGAGCUAAUGCUAAACUCGAAGAUCUCAAAUCUAUCAUGGCUUCCGGAUGCUGAAGAUGAAGAUGACCCUUUUGCACAACUCGAAGAAGGCCUCCCGGAAGUUGACCUGGAGUCGAACAUUGCCCGAGACAAGCACGCACGGCUACGAACAGACGUGGAGGCUCUCGUGGGGCAGUUGAAAGUCAUGCAGGACGACGAUGCAUUGUUACAGAUCUCUGAAGACUUGAUGAAUUUCUUCGACCUCUUCUCGGACACAAAAAGCGUCAUCAUCAGCGCGCAUGGUCUUUUACCGAUUCUGGAAAUUCUAGAAGACUGUAUGCGCCUAGACAUUGUCCUCAAUCUUCUCAAGAUUGUCAAUACCAUCAUUUUCAAUGAUGAAGAGGUCCAGGAGAACCUAUGUUUUGUCGGAGGAAUCCCAAAGAUCAACAAAUUCGCGUCAAAGAAAUUUCCUCGGGAGAUACGUCUUGAAGCUGCAGCUUUCGUACGGCAGAUGUAUCAAACGUCCACCCUCAUUCUCCAGAUGUUCGUCAGCGCUGGGGGUUUAACAGUUCUGGUCGACUUUCUUGAAGACGACUAUGACGAUGAUCGAGAAUUGGUCCUGAUUGGAGUUAAUGGUAUCUGGAGUGUCUUUGAACUGCAAGGCUCGACUCCAAAGAACGAUUUCUGCAGAAUAUUAUCUCGGAAUUCGGUUUUAGAGCCGCUGUCGCUCGUCCUGAACCGCGUCCUGAUGGAGCCCUCGGAUUCUGGAGACCAGAAAGAGCUCGCAGACUUGUGCGAAGGUCGCAUCGCUAGCAUCUUCUUCGUCUUCUCUCAAGCGGAGAAUUAUGUCAAGGAGCUGGUCGCCGAACGAACAGUCUUACACCGGGUCCUGAAGAAUCUCAAGCGAAUGGCCCCAGCACACCAGGUCACCAUGUUGAAAUUCAUCAAGAACUUGUCAAUGUUGUCGACUACGUUGGAUGCGCUUCACAACUCGAACGCUAUUGACGUUUUAUCUGAACUCCUCAGUAACAACAUGAGCAAGCCGCAUUUUAGGGAGAUGUCAAAUCAGAUACUGAACACCAUAUACAACCUUUGCCGUCUCUCGAAGAGACGUCAAGAAGAUGCAGCGCUCGUCGGGAUCAUUCCGAUCCUCAUCAAAAUCGUCAAGCAGGAGAAGACGCCUGUCAAAGAGUUUGCGCUGCCAAUUCUCUGUGACAUGGCCCAUUCCACCAGGGCUGCCCGCCGGGAGCUUUGGCAGAACAAGGGUCUUGCAUUCUAUGUCUCGUUGCUGUCGGAUCCCUACUGGCAGGUGACAGCUUUGGACGCAAUCUUCACCUGGCUUCAAGAAGAGACCGCCCGAGUCGAAGAUCAUUUGUUGGAGAAUCAGAAUUUCAUCUCUGCUAUCGUGGCAGCGCUGACUAGCAGCAAAUCAACCUCGUUUGAAAACCUUCUGGAGCCUCUCCAGAAGUUGCUUCGGCUGUCGCCACCUCUUGCGGCGUCUAUGGCGAGGAGCUCGCAGCUUUUCGAUACCUUGGGCCAAAAGCUGGGUCACAACAAACCCGCGAUCCGUCUGAACCUGCUUCGUAUCAUCGGGAGCAUCUGCGACUCGACAGAAGAAGGCUGUUUCCUCCUCGACCAGUACGGCCUUUACGAUGUGAUCCGAGAACUUUCGUAUUCUGACUCUGCGGUGCUUGUCCGCAGCAUGGCCAGCGAGCUCAUUCGAUCGUGCGAGGAGACUGACAACGUGAGCAUCAAAAGCGGACAGGGUGGUAGUUCAGCAACAAACGGAGCUCGAAGAAAGCACCCAGGCUUCCAACGACGCACCAGCUCCACGACUCCACCUCAUCUCCUCGACCGGCAAAUGAGUAUGCCCACUUCUCCUCAGCUAGGCCGUUCCGAGCGGGCCAGCAUGAACAUGUAUGAUCCUCCCGUGGCGCAGACGCCGCGCCGACAGCGCAAUGGCGUGUAUGUCAAUGGCACGAGCGUGAUGCGGCCCGCCAGUCGCGAUGGGUCAACGUAUGUGCGCGAGAACUCUCCAGCGUUUGUCAUGCCCAGCCUCACAAGGGCAAACACAGCUAGUGUUGUGACUGAGAUGACAGUCAAUAAGAGCAGGCUUCCUCGCCAGUCGACCGCACCCACAGCGAUAGUCGGACAUCAUCGUCUGUCGAGACAAAGUACACGAGAGAGCAUUGUUGGGUCAGCCAGGGCAUCAACGGAGAAAGACUCGACCUCGACGACCGCUUCGAGAACAUAUCAAGGACAAAGCAGUGGUGGAAGCACGCCUGUGACAUCGACACCUGUGUCGGAGCAGAGAGCCAGGAGAGAGGCCAGGCAUGCACACUCUAGCAGUAUCAGUCAAAGCCGAAACCCAAACAGCAAUACCAGCGUGGCAGGCUCAAGGCCUGGUUCAGGCCAAAGCCAGGGUCCGGGAUCUGGGCAAGGUCAGGUUGAGGUCACGGUGGCGAGGAGGACGACGGCCAGGAGACACGGGACGUGGGACGAUCGGUAUGGUUAG